AUGGCUUCCUCAGAUGUCGCUCGCCAGCCGGACAAGAACAUCCGCCCCCUGAACUUGGCUGGACAUGUGGGCUUCGACAGUCUGCCCGAUCAGCUGGUCAACAAGUCCAUCUUCCAGGGCUUCUGCUUCAACAUACUUUGCAUUGGUGAGACCGGCAUUGGCAAGUCAACUUUGAUGGACACUCUUUUCAACACAAACUUUGAGAACUUUGAGUCGUCGCACUUCGAGCCUCAGGUGAAGCUUCGUGCUCAAACCUACGACCUGCACGAGAGCAAUGUUCGCCUGCGCCUCACUGUGGUCAACACGGUGGGCUUUGGAGACCAGAUGAACAAGCAGGAGAGUUACCAGCCGGUGGUGGACUACAUCGACAGACAGUUUGAGAGUUAUCUACAGGAGGAGCUGAAGAUCAAACGCUCUCUCCACAACUACCACGACUCACGAGUCCACGCCUGCCUCUACUUCAUCUCCCCCUCCGGACACUCGCUCAAGUCUCUGGACCUCGUCACCAUGAAGAAACUGGACAGCAAGGUGAACAUCAUCCCUGUGAUCGCUAAAGCCGACACCAUCAGUAAGAGCGAGCUGCACAAGUUCAAGAUCAAAAUCAUGAGUGAACUCGUCAGCAACGGAGUUCAGAUUUACCAGUUCCCCAUCGACGACGAGACUGUGGCCAAAGUCAACACCUCCAUGAACGGUCAUUUGCCGUUCGCCGUCGUGGGAAGUACAGAGGAAGUGAUGCUCGGAAAUAAAAUGGUGAAGGCUCGUCAGUAUCCCUGGGGCAUUGUGCAAGUGGAGAACGAGAGUCACUGUGACUUCAUGAAGCUGCGGGAGAUGCUGAUCUGUGUGAACAUGGAGGACCUGCGGGAGCAGACGCACACACGCCACUACGAGCUCUACAGACGCUGCAAACUGGAGGAGAUGGGCUUCAAGGACACAGACCCCGAGUGCAAACCUGUCAGUCUGCAGGAAACGUACGAGGCGAAGCGGCAGGAGUUCCUGCUGGAGCUGCAGCGGAGAGAGGACGAGAUGAGGCAGAUGUUUGUGCAGAGAGUGAAAGAGAAGGAGGCGGAGCUGAAAGAUGCAGAGAGAGAGCUACAGAGCCGCUUCGAGCAGCUGAAGCGUCUCCAUGCCGACGAGAAGGCCACGCUGGAGGACAAGAAGAAGGCUCUGGAGGACGACCAGGUCUCUUUCAGUAAACGGCGUGCGGCGGCUCAGCUCCUGCAGGGACAGAGCCUCACGGCCAACGGCAAGAAGGACAAGGACCGCAAGAACUCUGGUUUCAUGUGA